AUGUUGAGGAAUCUGCUAAAUAAGCGAGUGUGUGGUGGUGUGGUUCGUUGUUUACACCGCACGCAGACGAGGAAUGUCGGUAUUCCGCUGGUAAUUGACAACGAUGGUCGGGCCGAGCGGGUUUAUGACAUCUAUUCACGGUUGCUCAAGGAUCGUAUUGUCUGUGUUAUGGCGCCGGUAAGUGGGUGGGGGGUAUUUUUAGGUAGUUGCGUGCAGAAUUGUGUGUUUUUUGGGUUGAAUGGUGAAAGAUUAAAGUCGUAAGGGACUGUAAAUGGCAGUUUUUAUUGGUUUGAGCUUUGAAUACUGUAGUUGGGGCCAGAUUGUGGGUCUUUUUUACAAUUUAAAAAAAUCUUGGGCUAUUCUUAUUUGCUUUGAGGGGAGACAGAAUUAUUUGGACCACCUUGGGGCACAGAAUUAUUUGAACGACUUAAUAAUACCAUGCCCAUCAAACAACAUAUAAGCAUGCCCAUUCCAGAUCGAUGACCACUUCGCGUCGGCCGUGAUCGCCCAGCUUUUGUUCCUCCAAUCCGAUUCCUCCAAGUCCCCUAUCCACAUGUACAUCAACAGUCCCGGCGGGUCGGUGACGGCCGGCCUUGGCAUUUACGACACGAUGCAGUACAUCAGUGCACCAGUCCACACCUGGUGCAUCGGGCAGGCCAGCUCAAUGGGCUCGUUGCUAUUGGCGGCCGGCGAGAAAGGCUGUCGAACCUCGCUGCCCAACUCCAGAAUCAUGGUUCAUCAGCCGUCGGGUGGAGCUCAGGUGAGGGGUGGUUUGAUGGUUUUUGGGUUGGAAUGGGAAGGAUAUUGUAGUAGGGGAUGUAAUUUUUUUAAAAAUUUUUUGAAAUUUAGUUAGGUUUGUUAAGGGGCUGGGCUCAAUUUUUCGGCUAGGCUCACAGGCCAGGUGGCUAGGCCCACAGGUCUUGGUUUGAGCUUCUAAAAGGCUUUUUAUUGCAAAAAGACCGGUCUGGAAGCCAGGCCUAGGCCCGGUCCUCUUCAAAUGUCUUGUGACCCGCCCUAGUCCGGAGCCAGUCCUGUUAGGCUCCAUUUCAUGCCUAAAUUCGAUUCAUUUUCAAAAAUUUCGAAUUUCCAGGGUACUGCCUCGGACAUAAUCAUCCGCGCCGAAGAGAUCACUCGUCUUCGCCUACGACUCAACGAAAUCUACUCCCAUCACACCGGUCAACCAGUCGAAAAAGUGCUCCAGGCCCUGGACCGUGAUAACUUCAUGAGCGCCGCCGAAGCUAAAGAAUUUGGCAUCGUGGACCGAAUCGAAGAGCAUCCCGGCAGCUGCCCCAAAUAA